AUGGCCGCAGCCUCCUCCGUCGUGGAGCUCUGCACGUUGGCGAACGCGAAACUCGACGCCGCCACCUGGGCGACGUUCUUCAACGACGACGACGGAGCCGGAGCCAUCAGCAGCUUCUCUUGGCCCGAGGUGGAGAGGACGCCGUCGAGGCUUACCAGCCAGACCGCGCUCCAAGCACUCUGCGAAAAGUAUCAGGUCCCGGCUGACUACAUUCCUAUCAAUCUCGACAGCCACUGGGUGGCCUGCCGUCCGCCGCCGGAGGGCUCUAACGCCAUCUGCGUCUACGCCGACGCGCUCGAGGCCGGCAUGAGGAUUCCGCUCCAUGAGUUCUAUGUGGCGAUUCUUGGGCACUACGGCCUCGCGCCGAGCCAGCUCGCGCCCGACGCGUGGCGCUACAUGGCCGCCUUUGUGCUGCUCUGCAAGGACGCCGGCGUCGAGCCCACGCUGCGGGCUUUUCGCUCAUUCUUCUCCAUAUGCACCCACAAGGCGGGGCCGUACUUCGAGUCGCACUCCGGCGUCACGACCGGCCUCUUCACUGCCAGGUUCUUUCACCUCCGGUCCCCAUCGACGAUGCCUUGGCCAUGCGCGGUGAAAUGGGGGAAACCAAGCAGAGCAGCUGUCCGCUUGCCGGAGGUGACAUGGGACACGGUCGUGAAAAAGCUGUUGGAGAGGGCGGGGGGCUCAGCCAUUGAUGUCAUAGAGUUUCUCUCCCGGCGCAGUCCGCCCGUCGUCGCCCCGCCGCAAGACGCACCGAGAGACAGAGUUCGACUUACCUUUACCCCGCAACAGAAGCACAAGCUGGCGUCAGAGUUGGCGAAAAAAGCCAUGACCGAGCUUGAUGAAAAGGGAAAGGAGCUGCAGGCGACCAGAGGGGAGGUCGCCCACCUCAAGGAGCAAGUGCGCGCCGUGAGAGACAAACACGCGGGCGACGUCGCUCAGCUCAAGGAGGCGUUGAGCGUCGCAAAUGCUCACCACGCGUACGAGGUCCGCCGACUCGCGGAGGAGCAUCACAAGGCACGCACCGCGCAUGGCGAGGAGACGAAGGCAGAGCGCGCGUCCGUGGUCGCUAAGCUCCAGGAGGAGCACGCGGAUGGCGUCGCUCGGCUCAAGGAGAAGCACGCGGCCGACGUGGCUAAGCUCCAGGACGAUGUCGCUCGGCUCAAGGAGGAUCACGCGGCCGACGUCGCCCGUGUGAAGGAUGCCGCCGACAAGGAGGUGCAGGAUGCCAAGAAGAACAUCGUGCUCCGCCUCUUCCCGAAACUGGACGUCUCACUGCUGGAACGACCAAAGCUCAAGGGAGAUCUCGCUGCUGCCGGAAUGCCCAAAGCUCAAGGGAGAUCCUGA